AUGGAAUGCACAGGACAAAAUUCCCCUCUGGGGAACCACACUGCAUUGGUGGAAUUCAUCCUGAUUGGGUUCUCUGAUGUUCCCAACCUUCAAGGAUUCCUUUUUGGUAUAUUUCUGAUAAUCUAUGUCUUUAUUCUUACAGGAAAUAGCCUCAUUAUCAUAAUAACUAAGGCUGAUCCUUCCCUACAGACCCCCAUGUAUUUCUUUCUUAGGAAUUUUUCCCUUUUGGAAAUAUGUUAUGUGUCAGUUACUGUCCCCAGAUUAUUAGCAGAUCUCUAUAGACAAUAUGGGAAUAUUUCACUGCUGGCUUGUGCUAUUCAAAUGUUUUUCUUUUUGAUCUUGGUAGACACUGAGUGCUUUAUUCUCACUGCCAUGGCUUAUGACAGGUAUGUUGCCAUUUGCAAACCAUUACUCUACCCUGUCAUCAUGAACAACAGGCUGUGUAUGCAGCUGGCAGUUGUCUGCUGGACCGCUGCAAUUCCGGUACAUACAAUAUUCAUCUCUGUUGUCUUCUCCUCAACCUUCUGUGGAUGUAACCAGUUGAAUCACUUUUUCUGUGAUGCACCUCCAGUUGUUCAGCUUGUUUGUGGGGAUACUUUCAUGUUUGAAAUGUUAACUUAUGCAGUUGCUGCAUUCGGCGCCAGUAUACCUUCUUUUAUGAUUCUUGGAUCGUAUGUGAAAAUAAUCUCCACCAUCCUGAAGCUGCCAUCAGCAACUGGGAGAGCCAAGGCCUUCUCUACUUGUUCUUCCCAUCUCAUGGUUGUGACUUUAUUCUUUGCAUCAGGCAUCAUUGUAUAUAUGAAACCUAAGUCCACUUACUCAACAGGAAUAGACAAAUUCCUUUCUCUUUUUUACACCGUUUUGGUACCCAUGUUCAACCCUAUUAUCUACUGUCUGAGGAACAAAGAUGUUAUAGUCGCAUUGAGAAAAUUCCUGCAGAAAUGGACUGUGCUGUGA